AUGGCAGCCGAAAGCUCGACGACAUUUAAAGACCGAAAGCAAGAUCUCGUGACUGUAAAGCCCAUGCAGAUUGACAUACCAAAGCCCCGAUUCGAGCCAAUACAUUCGGAGAGACAAGAUGAGCCUUCAACUGACUCGAGUCAAGAUGGCACACCAUCGCAGGAGGAGCUGCAAUCAGCCAUCGGUGUCAGCAUCAACAGAGAGCAGAUUCGGCUCGCCUCCCCCAACACACCAGCCGCAGAAAAGGCAGCUGCCAUGGAGGACAUGGACUGUUUCUUCGACGGCACGGUCGAAGGGAUAGAAGAAAGAGAGAAUGCGUGUAAUAUUUCGAAUGGGGCAUCUACACGACCUGAGACACCUCCAAGCUCGCCACCUCCAAGCGCAAAGCUGCCGUCUCCGUGGCGAGCAUCACCCAAGGCAUUCGAGAAGUCGAAAGAGCAAGCUGGAGGCUUCACAGAGAUGCUUCCUGACUUUGGAAAGUACAUGCCCAGCUUCAACUUGCCCACUAGACCGAGAGCACCUACACUGAAAGACCUCUCCAUCCCAUCCCUUGCCUCAAUUCUGAAUACCGUCAGGUCACAGUCACCGACAAGGAAAGGCACAAAGAAGAGGUCAAACACUCAAGGUGAUCUCAAACGAGACUGGGUCACUGUUCCCCAGCACGACGAACAAGAGCAGAAGCCUGUCUUAGGAGACAGCCACGGAGGGACACCGCAGUCGAACAAAGUCCAAAUCGACGGCAACCCUACGAGUACUUCGAAUGCGCCGCUAACAACAAUCUCCAAAGCGCCCUCGCUCCGUAGAGCAACUUCUGAUCAAUCACUAUAUCUUCGACAUGUCAAAUCCUCGUCGCCAUCUCUCGGUGACGACACUCGAUGGGAGAAUGUUCGUGAGCAGGUCAAUAGCAGAGCGAAGGCCGUAAGGGAUAGUCUACAGGACUCAAACUUCAAAUUUCCUAGUCUUCCGCGUCUGCCCAACUUUGCCGAUUUUCUGUCUGAGACAAAGCGAAGCCGUGCUGUGAGCGAUGCAGAAGGGUCUCGCUAUGCAAAGCGAAUCGAAGGAAGCUUCAUCCAGCUCUCCGAAGCAUCAGACAAACCUAAACAGCUGGAACAACUUGUAGAUCAAACCCCAAAGACUCUUCCCGUAAGAUUUCCUCAUCUCGACAGUGCACUUGAGCAGCUCACCGGAGACUUGGUCGUUUUGGGAGGCUAUCGUGGCUCAGUCCUUCGUGAUGCGAAGCCUCCAUGUCGCCAACUAUGGGUGCCAAUGAAAGUUGGUCUUAACAUUCGAAAGGUCAAUCUUGAGGUUGGCUUCAACCCUGAGGACGAGGAAAGAACGGAGGAAAGUGUCAUUGCUUCUGGGAUGCUCUCCCAUAUUGGACCCAUAGACAUGGGCAGGCGAUUGCUCAAACGUCUUAAGACAUGCAAGAAUGUGGAAGAAGGAAAGCUAAGGGUGCACGACUAUGGUUAUGACUGGCGGUUGAGCCCGCAUUUACUAAGUCGGAAAUUAGUACAAUUCCUAGAAAGUCUACCAUCGAAUCGGCCAGAUGUGGAAGCUAACGAUAGAGGAGCAACAGUACUCUGUCACAGCAUGGGUGGGCUCAUCACAAGGCAUGUAGUCAACUACCGACCAGAACUGUUUGCUGGUGUUGUUUACGCUGGAGUACCACAGCAUUGUGUCAACAUCCUCGGCCCCUUCCGUAACGGAGACGAAGUACUCCUGAGCUCGAAGGUUCUCACCGCUCAAGUCAACUUCUCCAUGCGAAGUAGCUUUGUCCUGCUACCAGAUGACGGACAUUGCUUUAUCAACAAGGAAACUAAGGAAGAAUACCCCGUUGAUUUCUACGACCCCGCAGAUUGGGAGAGAUAUGCCUUCUCACCUUGUGUCGCUCCGACAUUGCCGGCUGCCACAGAGAAGAAGGGGAUGUUAGGCACGCUAUCUGACACCUUCCCGUUCCGCAACAUGCUUUCAAUUACCGGGAAAGAGACAGAUCCCGUAUCUAAUUCAACAGAAACUCCGGCCGAAAAAGUCUUCGACGCCAAAGAACCUCACGUGGUAGACCCCCAGCCCAAUAUGGCCACGCGGCCUGCCAAUACCGACUGCACCCUCCCAAAAGCCGAAGCAAUGGCCUACCUAACCCGCACACUAUCCUCAAUCCUGACCUUCCACCACCAACGCCUAUCCCCCCUCUCCCUCAUCUAUGCCAACAACACCCCCACAGUCUGCGCAGCCCAGGUCUCGUCUCGCGAAGCCAUAAAGCGCGCCGAUGCUUACGACGAUCUCAAAUUCGGCUCCGGAGACGGCGUCGUGCUAGCUAAAGCCGCCAUGCUCCCCAAAGGCUAUCGAGCUGCCAAAGGAGGCAAGAUCAAGACGGAGCGAGGACACGUGGGGCUUCUUGGUGACUUGGAGGCUGUUGGCAAAGCGCUAGGUGCUGUCCUAGCGGCUAGGAAGCGGGGAGUUGGAUUGGGUGGUGCGAUAGAGGCUUCGGAGGCUAGAUGA